AUGGAUGCCCGCGCAUUGGGUCCCGUUAGGUCACUCAGGAUAGAAGUUAUGAGAUCGCUGAUGAACCUGUGGACAUGUUCUUCUGCUGUCGCUGGACUGCCGCCAGCUGAUGGAGAGGACAUGACCGGUGUAGUAUAUGGAUAUGUGAAUAUAUUCAAUCAAUUCAAAGUGCUGGAAAUGGGAAUGAAUCCAGAAUUGCGAAAAUUGGAAAUCCAGUUAUGCUCCGCAGUUAUGCUCGUAAUGAAACUGGAUAAUUCUCCACAUACACAUGUGAUUACCCCUGAUGAGUCAGCAGGGAUCCUCGCACCGCGGAUUGCCAGCAUGGGAGCGACGUCGGAGAGCCAGAGCCACAUCGGUCCUUGGAAGACCUCCGCCGAGGGCCAUCUUUCCACCGACGCCAAUGGCGACCAAAAGACCGACUAUUCGAGAUGGAGGUUGCGCGACGAUGACGGCCGCCAGACAUGGCAUUACUUGGAAUCAGACGAAGAAAACGAAAAGUGGCCCCAGAGUGUCGCAGACAAAUAUUUUCUGGGACUGCCAACGGGAUUGCCUGAACUCCCACGCGCAAAAACGCCAUUGCAAGCUGCAGAAAAUGGACUCGAGUUUUUCUCCAAACUGCAAUUGCCUCCAGGGAACUGGGCAUGCGAAUAUGGUGGUCCGAUGUUUCUGCUGCCAGGAAUAGUCAUCACGUGGUAUGUCACCAAAACGCCCAUUCCUCCCGAAUAUGCCGUCGAGAUCAAGAGAUACCUCUUUGCUCGACAGCAUCCUGUGGAUGGAGGAUGGGGGCUGCACAUUGAGGGUCACAGCUCGGUCUUCGGCACAGCGAUGAAUUAUGUAGUGCUGCGCCUCCUGGGAGUAAGUGAAGAGGACCCUCGCCUAGUCAAGGCACGAGGUUUCUUGCACAAACUUGGAGGCGCCAUUAAAGGACCUCACUGGGCGAAAUUCUGGCUCAGCAUUCUCGGCGUGAUGGAAUGGGAUUGUGUCAACCCUGUUCCUCCCGAGCUCUGGUUGCUGCCUGACUGGGUCCCUUUUGCGCCGUGGCGGUGGUGGAUUCAUAUCCGUCAGGUCUUUCUUCCCAUGUCCUAUUUGUGGUCCAAGAGAUGGAGCUAUCCCCUGGACCCGCUGACGAAACAGCUUCGACAAGAGCUAUACACGCAGCCGUACGAGACUAUCAAUUUUGCUGCUCAUCGCAGCUCGAUUGCUGACACGGACAACUACUACCCGAAGACCUGGAUUCUGAACCUCCUUAACUGGUUUUUGGUCACCUUGUGGAUUCCAUUUUUUCGCUGGUCGUCGUUGGUCAAGCGCGCAGAGGGCUGGACUUGGGAACUGAUCCGUAUGGAAGAUGAAAACACGGAUUAUGCUGGACUGGCUCCUGUUAGCAACCCCAUGAACUUUGUGGCCUGUUAUGUCCACGACGGGGAAGGCAGCGAAUCUGUCCGCCGCCACCGGGAGACUCUGCAUGAGUACAUGUGGAUGAAAAACGAAGGAAUGCUUGCAAACGGCACCAAUGGCGUUCAGGUCUGGGAUACGGCCUUUGCUACGCAGGCUAUUGUUACUGCUGGCUUUGCUGACGAUCCCAAAUGGCGGCCAAUGCUCACCAAGGCCCUUGAGUUCUUAGAUAAUCAUCAACUCCGGGAGAACGUGCCGAACCAGGAGAAAUGUUAUCGUCAGCAUAGAAAGGGAGCAUGGCCCUUCAGCAACAAGACGCAAGGCUACACAGUCAGCGAUUGCACAGCUGAAGGCCUGAGGUCGACUUUGCAGCUUCAGGAACUGCACGGAUAUCCCAAACUCAUCUCAACAGAGAGGCUUAAAGACUCAGUUGACUGCCUGCUUCUGAUGCAAAAUCCAACUGGAGGUUUCAGCGAAUAUGAGAUCCGCCGAGGCUCACCCAAGCUGGAAUGGCUAAACGCGGCUGAAGUGUUUGGAGGGAUCAUGAUCAGUUACGACCAUGUUGAGUGUACAACGUCGUCUGUUACUGCCCUGUCAUUCUUCAGCAAGUUUUACCCGGACUAUCGAGCCGACGAGAUCAAGGCCGCCAAGGAGAAGGCAGUGCAGUAUAUCAAGCGUGUUCAAAGAAAGGACGGGAGCUGGUAUGGGAAUUGGGGUAUCUGCUUCACGUAUGCGGCUAUGUUUGCUCUUGAGAGUCUUGCCAGCAUCGGGGAGACCUACAGCAACAGCGAAUAUGCCCGUCGCGGCUGUGAAUUCCUUUUGUCCAAGCAGAAAGAAGAUGGCGGGUGGGGUGAAUCUUAUCUCAGCAGUGAGAGACAUGUGUACACCCAGCAUGAGAAGUCCCAGGUCGUGCAGACAGCCUGGGCCUGCCUGGCACUGAUGGAGGCCGAGUACCCGAACAAAGAACCGAUUCGCAAGGCCAUGAAGCUGAUCAUGUCUCGACAGCAGCCGAAUGGAGAAUGGCUGCAAGAGGCGAUUGAGGGUGUUUUCAACCAGUCAUGCAUGAUUUCAUACCCGAACUACAAGUUCUACUGGCCCAUCCGGGCUCUGGGUCUGUAUGCCAGGAAAUUUGGUAAUGAAGAGCUGCUCUGA